AGAAAGAAAAGGAGAAACGAAAAAUCCCGUUCAACUUUAAACCGCUCUUGCCCUUGCCCUUCUCCUCCGCCGCCGCCGCCGCCGACGUCAUGCCGCCGCGCCGGGGCAGGCGCGCGACUCCUCCGGUGCUGAUCCUGGAGGACGAGGACCUCGAUUUCGAGGUCAGCUACAGCGAAGGGGAGGACGGGGAAGACGGGGGAGGAUCGGAUUCCUCCUCGUCGUCGUUGUCGGGGGAGGAGGAGCCGGAGGACGGAACGGACGUAGAGGACGGCGAAAGAUCGGAUGAGGGGGAGGAGGAGGAGCAGGAGGAGAGCGUCGCGGAGGGAUGCGGGCCGGCCGUGCAAGCUAGGGUUCCCGGCGGCGCGGCGGCGGAGAGGGCGGCCACCAACGCCCCCACUUGCCCCGUGUGUAUGGAGCCCUGGACCUCCGAAGGCGACCAUCGCAUCAGUUGCAUUCCUUGUGGGCAUGUCUACGGCAGAUCUUGCCUGGAGAGAUGGUUAACGCAGCGUGGUAACGCUAGUGCUACGUGCCCUCAAUGUGGAAGAAGGUUCAAACAUAAGGACAUUAUCAACAUCUAUGCACCGGAGGUUGCUGUUCCAAAUAAUGAUCUUGAGAAGCAAUUACGGUUUUGCAGGCAAAAGCUCGAAUCCCUUGAGGAAGUGGUCCUGAAACAAGGAAAGUUGCUUGACGAGAUAAUUUCCGAGAAGAAUCACAGGUCAGCAGAUGUUGGUGUCUCAAAAAGACAGAAAAUAGCAGAGCACUCAGAUGGAAGAACAUAUCUGGAACCGUCAGCCUCAGCCAGUGCAGCCUCAGCUUCUGUCAACAGUUGCCGUUUUGUUUUACUGAAGGAAUUAUCUUUUGAUGGUGCUCGAGUCAUGGGCAUAGAUGCAUCUAACCAAAUAAUACUUGCUUCUGGGAAGGCACCUGGUGUGGGUGGAGAACAUGUUCUUAGAAAGAUUAGCAUGCUAUCCAGCCAUGAAGCACGUACAAUACAGCUUCCUCCUGAUACUAAAGUUGUCAAGGACAUAUGUAUCUUGCCUGGUGGCUCUGCUCUUUUUGCAUCACUAGGCAGAAGGCUCUCACUCUUUAGCAUGACGACCAACAGUGUUGUUCUUCAAUGUAAUUUACCGCUUCCUGCUUGGUCAUGUUCAGCACAUGACUCUGAUUCACAUCGCGUUUAUGCUGGCUUGCAGGAUGGCAGGGUUUUGGUAUUUGAUACUCGUCAGCAUUCAAGACCCUUGCAUUCCAUGGCGGGGCUAUCUAAACAUCUGGUCCAUACACUACACUCUGUCACUGAUAACAGUGCUUCCAGAAAGCUUCUUUCAGCUUCUGCCAUAGGGCCUUGCAUGUGGGAUGCUGAUGGCAAUCAAAGCAGUCCAAAGCUACUACUAGAGGAUGAUAACCAACGCGUCUGCUUCUCUCUUGCGUGUGCCCCUCCAUCGAGCGAUCUGUUGGUGGCCUCCUACCGGCCCAAGGCCGAUUACUCAUCAGGAGACGCCGGUGCUCCAUCUCAAGCGUACCUGUCACAGACGUCGACACAAUCUGGUGCAGGAAAACUGGGGCAGCACACCGUCAUCAGGAGGACAGGCAAUGCAUCCUUCGCCGAGGGCAGCACUUGCCACUCCAACGUAAGCGAAGUGCGCAUGUGCAAAUCAGCAAUCGUACCUUGCGGGAACGACGAACAUCUCUUCGCCUACGGUGACGAGUCACACCGCGGGGUCCUGACCUGGCGACUACCUUCCCUUGGGGUCCAUUCUGGCCUGAUACCCCACCGCCAGCCAAUCCUCGACCUAAGGUAUGCGGGAAGUCGAGUGGGAGGUGGGUACCUUGGGUGCCUGAGCGAUGAUAAGUUGCAAGUUUACAGAGUUGAUAGAUAGGUAGAAUGGCAGCAGGGGUCCAACAGUCAUCAUAACUUUAGUUCGCGAUGAUUAGCCCUCCUAAUUAUGCGGUAUGACUGACAGUCCUUUUGCUGUGUACAAAGCAGAACAGCUAGCUGUAUAUGCACCGUGAUGUUGUGAUGUAGUACUCCCUCCGUUC